UCUUUUUUUCCUCAUUUCUUUAGUUUUCCCAGUAUAAAAAUCUUCUUUAUUAGAGUUUUAUGUGAUAGGGAUGUGAUCCAGAUAAUUCUUUAACUGCUUUGAACACCCUUUUUUCCAAAAAGCAAAACAAGAAAACAUCAUAGCGUUUGUGUACUCAUUGGAAUAAACUGACCCACACACAUGAUGGUUUUGCAUACUAUAUCAUUAGUUUUGUCACACACACACACAUACACAUACACACACGGAUACUUUUGGUGAUGUAUUCACUGAAAAUUUGAAAUGAUUCGUCAUCAUCUAUGUUUGAUUUUUUUUUUUUACCAUAGUGACAAAAGAGAGUGAAAAAAGCAAGAUAGAAAUGUAGUUUUGUUCUGGCGUGAUUGAUUGGUUUGUAAGUAUUUAUGAGUGGGAAAGAAAAAGCGGAUUCUAUGCGUAUGGAGCUAAAAGAUGUGGUCUCUACCAUAUUUGACUUUAACAUUCCUUGGAACACAAAAUGGCCCACUGGCCUUUUCUUCUUAUUUUACAUGUUUCUAAUUGGGAAUAAUAUAGUUCCAUACAGAUUACAGAUUCCCUUUCUCUCUUAUCACUUCAAGUUUAGUAAUAAGUAUCAGCUUAACAAUACUCUAAUGAAUCUAGGUCGGCUUGCUUGAGAGAUGAUUUGAUUCUUGGAACGCCAAAUCUCACUCAAAGACAUUAGGUGUGUACUCAAAAGGGGUCUCGGUGUUAAUGCCAGGAGACAAUGUACCUACAUUCAUUGCUUACCAUGCACCCGUACCCGUACCCGCACUUGCAGACAAAAAGUCCAACACUCCAAGUUCCAGCUCAAACUCCAUUCAAGAAUGUUAACAAUUCUAGAUUUUCAUUAUUCAGUGUUUUGUUCCUCUGUGAUUGUGGCAGCUUCAUCUCUUAGAUUAAAGGAGGUUGUUAUGAGUAUCUUUUCGUAGAUAUAACUAAAGGAACCAAGCUGCUAAAGCCUGGCUUAAGUAUAUAAGUAUUUAAGAUUUGCCAGAUUUUAAAAUUUAUUUUCAUAUGCUUAUUACAAGAAAAUUACUUGAAGGGAGAGAAAAUCAAUGUGUUUUUUCACUGUCGGUGUGAAAAGUGUGCUGUAAUAUUUUAUUGUCGGCCUACUCAAUCUUUAAUCCCGAACCUAAUAAGCAUGAACUUGUUUGAAAUAUAUAGAUGUGGUAAGUGGUAACAUGCUUUUCUGGUUGUUAGAUUCGUCUUAUGUUAUAACUUAUAAUACGAUCUGAGAUCUCUGAGAAAACCUUUAUCUCUCUCACCUUUAUUAUUAUAUAUUUGGAUUUCAUGAAUUAUAAUAUCUCAGAACUAAACUAUCAUCUGCUUUUACAUACAUUGCUUUAUUUUUGUCAAAAUGUUUCUUAGAGCUUACGUAUCAUCUAUACUAAAUUUUUGUCUGGAAGCUCAAUAAUGUUUAUAAAAUUGUUACGUUCAGUGGUAAUUAAAAAGGGAGAUGACCCAUGUUUGGAGUUGUAUAGAUCUGAAACCAUGUUAUAUAUGCAUGUGACUAGAAAUAUAUAGAUAUAUCUUUUAGAUCUUUAAAUAUGUUUUUUUUUACGACAUCUGCAUUAUUUUUAUCCUGAACUUUCGUUUACACUUUUAAGAAGUUUUUUAACUAAUCUAAUUUCAAAGGAUGUGAAUGGAUCUCACAUAAAAUUCAUUUUAUUAUUGUUGACUUGACCUUCAACAUAACACGAGUGGACUUCUGGAAUGAGUUUAAAGAGCGAAUAGAAGGAAGAAAGGAUCUGGGCCGAGACUCGGUGAAGCUCGACAUCUGAUCUGCAUAACAACCUUACCCGCAACACAUUGUGAAGCUUAACAGAUUUAUUAAGUCGAGAUGACGUGUACUGUCUUCUUAACCCGCAUAACAACCUCACCCGCAACAAGAGAGAGAAAAACAGAGUUAGAGAAAGAGUCAGUUUACGCAUCUUCUAAACUCCGGGAAGGCUCGAUCAUUGUGAAGUAUAGCAUCACAUUGUGUUGUGCUAAGUAUCAAUAUUCUCUUGAGUUGUAUCACCAUUGAUUCUACAAAGUGAUCUAUUUCCCGUUUAGUGCAUUUUUGGGAGGAAAGUCAAAGUCUCCCAUGACACGAUGCUAAUAACUUGAAAUCAUCGACACUUAUAUAACUCAGUAGGACUCAGAUCAAGUUCAAUCACCGGUCUUAUUGUCAACAAUUAUCUGUAAAGUUAACAAGACUUUAUUAACGUAAUUAUAUUCGAGAGUCAAGAAAUUGAAAUAUGCAUGGCGCUUAUUCACCACUACUAUUGAGUUAUUAUGAAAAGUAAAGCUACUUUAGGGUAGUUGGUAUUAUUUUUACACUCAUAUCAAUUUAUCAACUGUCCCAAAAAAUUUAUCAAUAAAUACUCUUUCACGUGCUCUAGCUUCACAAUAAUGAAUCAUCCCUCUGCUGUCAUCUCACAACCAAAAGAGUAGUACUACUCUCCAUCUCCGAUCAAACGACAUCGUGUUCUCUCACCCUCACUCUCUCAUGGGUUGCUGCGUUAGCUCCGGCACCGCUGAUCGGACCAACGAGAACGUGUCCGACAAGAACACGACCAUUGGCGAAGAAGAAACGGUCGUCAAAGAAGUCUUGUCAGAGACAGCAUUUCACACUACUUCCUCUAGUGUCCAAAACUCAGUCAUGGAUGAUCCGGUGAAAAGGAAGAUCCGGGGAAGAGAGGAGGAAAAACUGAAAGUUGCUCCGGAUUCGUGUAUGACCCGACCCGACUCGAAUGACCCGGAAGAAGGAUCAGAGGUUUCGGAGAUAUGUAGCUUGAGCUUGAGUGAGAGUGUUUCUUCGACGGCUGUGAUGAAUGGGUACGGUGAGGAAGAAGUGAAGCAGAGGAAAUCUCAGAGAUCCCCGGCUAAAACUCGGACCCGAGUCACGGGUAAUAAUUAUCCGACCCGAAGAACCGAUCAGUCUCCUCAUAAGAGAAACAACGGAGUGUGUAAUAGUAAUACUGGAGCGAGAGUCGGGUCGGGUAUGAGAGACCCGGGUGAGAGAUCCGGAAGAAGGUCGAGAUCGCCGGCGACGAAUAGAUCCGUGAUGGAUUCGGAUCAGAGUCGGGUGGGUGGGGCAAGGACUCGUAAGAAUGGUCAGUCUCCGGGUCGGGUUAGGUUUGAUCCGAAUAAAAACACUUCGGAUCAGCAACCAUAUCAAAACCACGGUUAUACCACUGAAGAGUUGUUAGAGAACCCACUUGUUUCAUUAGAGUGUUUCAUAUUUCUCUGAAGAAAAAUGAUAUUUCGAGAAAGACGGUUUUCUUUAAAAAAAAAAAAAAUUUGAAGCUGGAUUGUGUAAUUCGUAAUGCCACUUACCUUACCUCUGUAAUUCAUUUUUAAUAUUACAAAUAAAUAUCCCAAAAAAUAAUCUCUGUAAUUCAUUUGUGUGUUUUAUUUUUUGUCGAAAAUUGUAAUUUGGUAUACUGAUGUCAGGAAAAUUAAGAUUAUAUAGAAAAAUGGUUUUCUUUUUUCUUCUGUUUGCUUGUUAUAUCUUUGGAUAAUUAUGGUUGUAAUGAUAUUUUAUGAAAAUAUACUAUUUUUGUUUUGUUUUAAUGUUACACUAGAUUUUUCACCCGCACAUCCGUGCGGAUAGAUUUUCAUUGUAUAAAUACAUAAUAGAUACCAUUACAAAACUUUCAAAGAUAUAUAAUUUAGAUUUUAGUGUUAUAUAUUGUGUAAAUCUAUAAUGUUAUUAGUUAUGUUUCUUAUUCGAUAUUAUUAAUGUAUAAUGAUUUGUUUAUACAUCUAAACUAUUAAAAUUGAAGUACAUUUUGUACUUAACCCUGACAUUUCCACAAAAAUUACCACUUUAUGCCACUGGCAUUAAUACUCAGCGUUUUCAUUUAUUUUCUAAACCGAGACCAUCGCUUUUUGUAUUAGUAAACCAUCCAAUGACAAUCCAAUUAUAAUUAACAUCAUACCACUAUCCUACCAAUCGUUUUAAAUAUUUACUAACACAUAUAAUUAAAAAACCAGUAGUAAACCAGAACACUACAAAACCAUCUUAGUCAUCGUUAUUGUCAUUCUAAAUUCUAAAACAUACAACAUCAAACUCAAUUGUGAUACUACCUUAGUUCAUCUUUGUCUACUGAAUCUAUAGAAUCAAUAGAGACACUCCUACCUAGCUUUCCAGAAUUACACUUAAACAUCUAAUUUCGGUUUAGAUGUUACCUCGGUUUAGCUUUGUAUGCUAAAUCAAAAACCCAAUUUUGAUCGCUGCAACUCCAUGUCAUUGUCGAUUCAAUUAAUCCUGAAAAUAUAUAUCAAUAUGUAGAUCGUAAGUUAUAUCAUUAUUAAUUAAAAUCAUGUAAUUAAAAAUCAAAGUUAUCUUAAGGAAGUCGAUAAUAUACUAAAUGAAUAUACUUGCCCAAAAAUAUUCUUAUUUUUAAGCAUUCUCCAUAACAAUAGCGAUGUCAAUCAAAUAAAAAAAUAUUUUUAAGUUAUUUUAAUCUUGCGAAUCACGUUUAGUAUCGACUCAUUAAAUACCUACAACCCUAUGAUUACGGUAACUCCAUAACAAUCAAAACAAUUUUUGGAAUAAAAUCGAUCUGUAUAUUCUAUAUUAAUGAUAAAAAAUCACAAAUACCAACAUCUUAAUUGGUUUAGUCGCGUUAACCCUAACUUUAUUCACUACCUAUAUAUAUAUAUAUAUAUAUACUAGAUGAUAACCCGCGCGCAUGAGCGAAGUGAAUUUUUAUAAUAAUGUUUAUUUAUUAAAUGGUUUUAACAUUUUGCAACACUACGAUCUUUAUCGAUUACAAAAUGACGAAUACAAAUAUUGGUCUCUUAAAUAUAUCACCGUUGUUGAAGAGUUAACAUAUUACAUCUCAUUUUAAUUAUAUUUAAGACUUCAUAUGCACAAAAAAAAGUUAAGUUUUGAGGAUGAACCAAAUCACUAAAACCAAAUAGGCAACAUCGAUUGUAUAAUGACGAAAGUGGAUUAGGUUUUCUGCUCUCGAUUUAUCUACUUUAUUAAAAUAGAAGUACAAAUAAGAAAUAACCCAAACACUUACAACUUAAUUACAAACAAUACCACUGAAGUAAUUAAUAAACUUAAACCUAAAUUUUUUUUCUUCCUAAAUCUAUUCCACAACAAAUUCAUGAUAAAUAUUACACUUAAUGCACAUUAAUACUAUAAACUUUAAUAUGUAAAGUAGAAAACCUCUUUCCAUAAAUUCGUGGGUAUUAUCCUCUAUUAAAUAAUGUUUAUUACAUUUUUCAAAAUUUUGUUGUUAAUGAAAUCAAUCAACAAUAUUUAAAAAAAUUAAAGAAUAUGCCGUAUUUGGGAAUAAAAACUUAAUAAUGAGAACAUAUUUAAAAAUAUCCAUUUUACUUGAUAAUUCUAAAUUUGUACCUAAUUAAAUUUUUCAAAUAACCAAUUUGACUAAUCUAUUUAAUUAAUGAUAUUUUUUUAGAUAUAUAAAACUAAAAUGCUAUUAGAAAAUUAUUUUUAAAUUAUGUAUGAUAUUACAUAUGUUCAAUUGAAUUUUACCUUCAAUUAUUUUUCUUUAGUAAGGAUUUGAAUAUUAGAUUUGGUAAUAGCAUGUCCAUUUAAAUAUUAGUAUUAAAAAAUUAAGAACACGUAAGAUUUUUCUUAUGAGAAAUUGUAAUAGGGAAAGUUUCAAAAGAAUAUUCUUCAAGUUUUGUAUGUAAAAAAAAACAUUUAGACAAGAUAACAAUGUUCUAAAAAAGAAAAAAAUGGUUCAUAUAAAAUAAAAAAAUCCUACAUAUAAUGAAAUAAGUCAAUAAGUUAAAAUAAAAUUAACUUGAUAA